UUGUCAUGGGACAGACAGCGUCAAUUCCUCGUAAAAGCACUGCCUACGUCCUGGAACUGCAUGAAUGGUAUAGAAAGUUUAUUGAAGAAUGUCCCAGCGGACUUAUCACACUCCACGAAUUCAGGAGAAAUUUCUGUGAUUGUACGGUGGGCAAUGAGUCUUCGGAAUACGCAGAGCAGAUAUUUCGCACCUUAGAUAACAAUGGGGAUGGGAUUGUUGAUUUCCGUGAAUAUGUCACAGCGAUCAGCAUGUUGGCACAUGGCACCCCGGAGGACAAGCUCAAAUGGUCCUUUAAAUUGUACGACAAGGACAGAGACGGGGCCAUCACGCGGUCGGAGAUGUUGGAAAUAAUGAAGGCUGUCUACAAAAUGAGCCUUUCUACUUCAAUUACGAAUGUCAACCCAAUGACCGCGGAAGAAUGCACCAACCGCAUUUUUAUUCGGCUGGAUAAAGACAGAAAUGCUGUGAUCAGUCUUCAGGAGUUUAUUGAUGGUUCUCUAGACGAUGAUUGGAUUCGAGAUAUGUUGGAAUGUGACCUCAGUACAGUGGAAAUUCAGAAACCGGAGAAAUGUCUCCAAUUGCUCCCGAGAGCAUCGAGUCGAAGCAUGUUACCCCCAAAACAGGAAAAAACUGAUUACUCCCAGCACAGUGAGUGCAAAACUGAUCAGUAGAAGCCAAUCAGCUCAAUAUCUUGUGUAUUUUUAUUGCAUUCUGUUUUAUUACAGUUACUUAAUAACAUAAAGGCUAAAGAGAAGCAUCGGCAGCUGUUGCAUGCGCCAAGUUUGCUUUAAACCAAAGAGUUAACAAAUUGUGCGAAGGAAGAAAAAUCCUAAGACUGAAGAGACUGUGAACGCGAGACAAGCAUUGAUGUUCUAUUGAUGGACCGAUAUUUACUAUAAACCUAUCAAUCUCCAGAUUCAUUUCAUCCCACAACGCCCAUCCCACGGAUCAAUAAACGCAAAUAAUCACACGGCCACAUGGAAAAUGAACACCCAGAGAAUUAAAGCAAAAUAUAUAUAUAUCAGUCUUAAUUUUGUCGACUAAAGUUUUUGAGAUUUAGUCGACUAAAACACGACUAAAACCAUUCAGAUGACUAACAUACGACUAAAACUAAAAUGGCUUUUUAGUCCAAAGACUAUGACUACUACUAAUUUGAAAUUGCCACCAAAAUUAACACUGCACAGAGGGGCUGGGGAAGGGGCAAAAGUGACAGACCAGGGCUUGGGAGAGAGACACCUAGAGGGGAUGGGAGGACAGAAAGAGACACAGAGGGGCUGGGGAAGGGGCAAACGAGACAGACCAGGGCUUGUGAGACAGACGCCUAGAGGGGCUAGGAGGACACAAAGAGACACAGAGGGGCUGGGGAAGGGACAAAAGUGACAGACCAGGGCUUGUGAGACAGACACCUAGAGGGGCUAGGAGGACACAAAGAGACACAGAGGGGCUGGGGAAGGGGCAAACGAGACAGACCAGGGCUUGUGAGACAGACACCUAGAGGGGCUGGGAGGACACAGGGAGACACAGAGGGGCUGGGAAGGGGCAAACGAGACAGACCAGGGCUUGUGAGACAGACACCUAGAGGGGCAGGGAGGACACAAAGAGACACAGAGGGGCUGGGGAAGGGGCAAAAUAGACAGAGGCUUUAACUAAACCCAUUCGAUUUUAGUCGUGUCGAAUAAAAUAUACUGGAGAUUUAGUUAACUAAAAUACGACUAAAACCAAAACAAUUCAUAUGACUAAAAUACGACUAAAACGAGAUUUGCCACCAAAAUUGAUAUAUGUAUCCAAUACACAAUAUAAAACCAGUUAUAUGCCAAGAUGUAAUUUAUGGAAACUGUCCAGCACUUUGUAAGAGAUUAUUUGAAGUUAUUAAAUAGGGAACUGAAGGGAAUUAAUAACGGAUUUACAGAAGAGGCGGCUGAAUUGAGCAUUUUUUUGCCUUAAUCUAUGCACUUAGAUUUUCAUUUCACUCCGAUUUACAGUUAGUUAAUAAAUCCCCUUACCAGAAAUGGUGGAAAGGAAA